GAACUCAGGAUGAAUAUCCACCACGUUCUGUUAUUCUGCUUCAUCUCAGCAGCUCUGUGUGGAGACACCGGGCUCGUCAGCGCAAAACUCAACAUUUUUACUGGAGCUGAGGGAACAAGUGGCUCAAUUACAUGCUACAUAUCUCAGCAUAAAAAAAUGAAGUUCUUGUGUAAAGAAGAAUGUAAAGGAGAAGGUAUUCUCAUUAAAACAGUAGAUAUCAGGGCUCAGAAUGGCAGAUUCAGCAUUGAAUAUAAAAGAAAAUCUUCUGGAAGAGGAGUUCUGACUGUGACCAUCACAAACCUGACCAAGUCUGACGCAGGACGGUACAGGUCCGGUUUGGGCACAGAUCUGGUUCUAGACUCAUACCGGGAUUUUGAGAUCAGAGUUUCAGAUGAACUGCCAUUUCGAAACACUGGUUUUGUCCGUACAGAUAUUGAAGGAGAGAAUAUCACAUUCGGAUGCAGCGGGACAGUUUACAAAAAGCAGAAGUUCCUGUGUAAGGACGAAUGUAAAACAAAAGAGGACAUUAUCAUUGAAACUAAUGGCAACAGAACUCAGAGAGGCAGAUACAGCGUUGAAUAUAGAGAAGGAUCUACAUUUGGACUCUAUGUGAACAUCACAAAUGUGAGCAAGUCGGACACAGGAUGGUACAAGUGUGGCUACGGCAGAGCUUUGUCUCCACAUUCAUUCUACAAAUUCUCGAUCUUCGUCAUUGAUGAUCCGUCCAAACCAAACCGGACUCCUCAGCCUUUUUCAACAUCCGUCCCAUCAGCCUCCACACCAACAGCGCAGAGUUUAAACCUCAGUUCAAGAAGUUUCACCACCUCGUCGUCUUUCACUAGAAACACCAACCAGCCGUCAGCUGCAGCGUCCACAGAUCCGUCCAAACCAAACCGGACUCCCCCACCUUUUUCAACAUCCGUCCCAUCAGCCUCCACACCAAGAACGCAGAGUUUAAACCUCAGUUCAAGAAGUUUCACCACCUCUUUGUCUUUCCCUAAAACCGCCAACUAUCCGUUAGCUCCAGUCUGCUCCAGUGCCCCUCACCCAGGUUACAUCUGGGUUCUGGUCAUUUUACUGGCCGUUUUACUGGUCGUUAUUUCUGUGCUGAUCCUCUGCAUAUGGAAGAUGAGGAGGGACUUCAGGUCAAGCAGAAGAUACACAGAGCUGAUGAUCCAAGAGGAAGACCUGUAAAAUAAAGCAGCAGCAUUGGUCCAGAAUCACACAGUACGAUCAGAUCCCUGUCACUGAUAAUGAACUGGCUCCAGCCUCCACAUGUGAAGACUCCACCAACAGAACCUGCAGUGACUAGAAGCAAACCUGCACCACUCACACAUACAGCACCCAGAUUAUCUUUAGGUUCGGGAUCUGUAUUUGUUACUACCAUGUCACUAAUGUGUUGACCUUUUAAUUCAAUAAAAGCACUAAUACCACACUGUGAAUAUACUCUGUUAAAAGUCCUACAAUUACACUGUUACUGCAGUAAAAUUAUGUAAGCAUAAUCAGGAAAAUGUGCUUAAAGUGUGAAAAGUAAAAUGUUCCCUGUUACUGUUUCAUUGUGGAUUAAUCUGCUGAAUAUUGAGGUUGAUAAAUCAUUUAGAAUAUUAGAUUAAUAAAGUGAUGCAGGAACACAACUCUA